AUGGCAGAACAAUUGAAAUUUAAUAUUGUAUUUACAUAUCAUGUGUUUCCAUACGUUAGUAAACGAUUUUGCCAUGAUUGCAUUUUAACAUUUAAUAAAACAAUUAAACAUACAUUUUUAACUAUAGCAGUCAAAUUCGCAGGCCCACCAAAUCCAGAUAAUCUUCCGGAAGAUGGAAAGCUGAAAUCAGAGAUGAUGAUCAAAGAUAAUAGACGAUAUUAUUUAGAUUUAAAAGAGAAUGCACGUGGACGGUUCUUACGUGUAUCCCAGACUAUAACCAGAGGUGGUCCAAGAUCGCAAAUAGCAAUACCAGCUCAAGGAAUGAUUGAAUUUCGUGAUGCUUUAACAGAUUUACUUGAAGAAUUCGGUACCAAUGAUGGGGGGUUUAAAGGUGAUUUGCCUGAAGAACGCCACAUGAAAGUAGACAAUAAAAAUUUUUAUUUCGAUAUUGGGCAAAAUAAUCGUGGUGUCUAUAUGCGCAUCAGUGAGGUAAAAAGCAAUUUUCGAACUGCUAUAACUGUGCCAGAGAAAUGUUGGCUGCGCUUUCGAGACAUUUUUAAUGACUAUUGCGACAAAAUGAAGAAAUCGUCCGACACAUCGUCUAUCACUGCCGAUAAUAAUAUUCAAACCCCUGCAAACAGUCUAAAAUAAAAGUAACGGAAUGUAAUGAGACGAAUUUUACCUAAACAAACAAUAGAGAUAUACAAUAAAAAAGUAUUAAUUUAAACAAAGAUGAGAAUCAGCAACUUCAAAUUAAGAUAUAUUUCUAUUAAAUUCAACUUUAUUUCAUGUAAUUUGAAGAAGUUUUGAAUGAACAGACGGCUAGUUACUAACAUAAAUGUUGAAUUAAUGGAUAAUAAAAUGGGUUAAACUGUUACGUUUGUUAGAUUUUCUAAAAGAGUUGCGCCAGAGAUAACUUUGAACUAAGAUACAUACUUGGUUCAAUUAGAAUAAAAAUAUGUAUAAAACAUUGAAAUAGGUCAGCUUUUAUUUUGUUUCGUGCAUAUAUCAUCUAUAUUGAACCGUAUUGCUUAUAGAGCACAGUAAUAUGUGCUUAGUUGUUGGUAAACUAUAUCGACUAUAGUAAUUCAAAAAAUAUUACGAAAUUUUCGGUAAUUGUUAAUUUGUUUGUUGGCAUAUAAUGCAUGCAGGGACAAAAUAGGAUUAGGUAACUGCACAUAGUUCCAAAUAUCAUCUAUGGCAAUAUCAGAUGUAUGAUCUGAUUUUUCUCAUAUUCAUUGUUUAAUUUUCAUAUUUAAAUAUGAAUGGAAAAGAAAAUAGGUUAAAGAGUUAAAUAUAUAAAAUUGAAGAAAUAGAAUCACCAAUACAAAUCCAUACAAAUUAGUAAAGUAUUUUUGGUAACAAUAACGGAAAAACCUAUUUAAUUAUUCAAAAGAAAUAACAUGUUGUAAAAGAUACAAAGAGAAUAUAUUAAACUAAAUAUUAUAGAAUUAUAUAGUGAUAAUUUAAUAACAAAUUUAUAAUUUAGAUUUCAUGUUAUCUGUAGCCUUUUGAAAACCUAAUUGUUGAAAUGUACUAAUAAAUAAAAAAUAAAACCAGAGUAAAAUUCUAAAUGUGUAAAAUAUGUUUUAAAUUGUUUUAACUAUUAAACAUUGUUGAUUUAAAAAUCUUAAUAUUGAAGAAACUAAAAACUUAAAUAAAUCCAGAAAAUCUGUGAAUGCUGCACCAUAAACAAAUUUGUAUUAUAUGCAAACUUAAAGGAGAAACAUGUUGAAUAACUGAUUAACUACACAAUCAGUAAAUCUAAUUUACAGCUGAAGUAAAUUAAAAUGAAAUUUAAUAUAUAACUAGAAUAUGUUAAAACCAGCAGUAUCUCAAAUAAGUAUUUCAGAUAUAAAUAAAAAUGAUAAUUUAAAAAAAUAGAGAAAAUAGAAAAAUUUUGAUUAAUCGCGAAAUAAAAAUGAUUUCAUAUAUCUAACAAUAAAUUUUCAUUAAACAUCUAUUAUAACUUAAUACCAACAAAUAUAAGACCGUGGUCGAUAGUAAAUAUGAAGAAAUAGUCUAAAUAUUAAUAGUGAAGUAAACAUUAACAUUAAUAUAUGAUAUAUUUUAUUUAACCAACCUGCAAGAAACAAUUAAUUUUAUGGAUAAUAAAGGAACUAGUUAAAAAAGUUAACU